GGCAAAACUUUGGGGCUAGGGAAAAAAAACUGCGUCAGUUUGCGCUGAAUUUUCACGCGACACAGAUCGCGCUUUCAAAGCCAGGGAAAUGGAUCUAUAGCACAGUCAAUUAAUGAAUUCAUAUAAUACAAACAAACAAGGGAAAUAUAAAAUAUAGAUAAACUCAAAGAGGAAGCAGGAAGUGCGAGUCCGAGUGCGAGUGCGAGUGCGAGUAAAAGUGACAAAAAGACGAGAUAUGUCGGCGGCUUUGCUUUAUUGGCAGUCAACGAACGGCGGCGAUGCGGUUGACAAGGCCACCAACAAUUGGGCGCCAUUCGUCGUCGGUCCACCUGGUGGAAGUUAUAGUAGCAGUGGCAGUGACAGCUUGAACCACCAUCAUCACAGCCAUCACAACCACCAUCAUCCGCCUCAUUACAUCAAUUAUUUGGCGCAAAUUGGCUGCCAGCAUCGUGUCAAAAAUUGGCCAACAAAUGGCAAUCAGGAGGCGGACGGUGAUGGCGAUGGCGAUGGCGAUGGCCAUCAAAUCAUCUCAAAAUUCCAGCCCAAAAGUGUUUGGAACACAGUGGAUGUGGAUGUGGAUGUGGAUCGUGUCGAUGGCAAUCUGUUGGUGGUUCAGGGAUCAUCGGGGAAUGAAGUAGAACGACCACUGCCUUUUGCUUUAUCCGCUUAUGUGUCCAGCGGAGGCAGCGUUGCCGUCGACGCAGCCCAGGGCAGCGGGAGCGGGGGUGGAAGACAGCGCCACGCCCCCCUAUACGGUCGCAUCGUCGUCGAAGAGGAUCUGCCUGCCACGCACCGGGAUGUCAUGCACCAUCACUCUAGUCCCUCGUCUUCGUCGGAGGUGCGCGCCAUGCAGGCCCGCAUUCCCACCCACUUUCGGGAUCCCGCUUUGGGACCUUUGCGCAAGCUGAGCGUCGAUCUGAUAAAGACCUACAAGCACAUCAACGAGGUUUACUAUGCGAAAAAGAAACGUCGUGCCCAGCAGACGCAAGGCGACGACGAUUCGUCCAACAAAAAGGAGCGAAAACUGUAUAACGACGGUUAUGACGACGAUAAUCACGACUAUAUAAUCAAGAAUGGCGAAAAGUUUUUGGAUCGCUAUGAAAUCGACUCGCUGAUCGGCAAGGGCAGUUUUGGUCAGGUGGUGAAGGCCUACGACCACGAGGAACAGUGCCACGUGGCGAUCAAGAUAAUUAAGAAUAAGAAACCGUUCCUAAACCAGGCACAGAUUGAGGUCAAGCUGCUUGAGAUGAUGAACCGGGCGGAUGCCGAAAAUAAAUACUACAUCGUUAAGCUCAAGCGGCACUUCAUGUGGCGCAACCACCUGUGCCUGGUGUUCGAGCUGCUCUCAUACAACCUGUACGACCUGCUGCGGAACACCAACUUCCGGGGCGUUUCCCUGAACCUCACGCGCAAGUUCGCCCAGCAGCUCUGCACGGCACUGCUCUUCCUCAGCACCCCCGAACUGAACAUAAUUCACUGUGAUUUGAAGCCCGAGAACAUCCUGCUGUGCAACCCGAAGCGCUCGGCGAUCAAGAUCGUUGACUUUGGCAGCUCCUGCCAGCUGGGACAGCGGAUCUACCACUAUAUACAGUCGCGCUUCUACCGCUCGCCGGAGGUGCUGCUGGGCAUCCAGUAUGAUCUGGCCAUCGACAUGUGGUCGCUGGGCUGCAUCCUGGUGGAGAUGCACACCGGCGAGCCGCUCUUCUCCGGCUGCAACGAGGUUGACCAGAUGAACAAGAUCGUCGAGGUGCUGGGCAUGCCGCCCAAGUAUCUGCUCGAUCAGGCGCACAAGACCCGCAAGUUCUUCGACAAGAUCGUGGCCGAUGGCUCCUAUGUGCUGAAGAAGAAUCAGAAUGGAAGGAAGUACAAGCCGCCGGGAUCGCGCAAACUUCACGACAUACUGGGCGUGGAGACAGGCGGACCAGGGGGCAGGCGUCUGGAUGAGCCCGGUCACUCCGUCUCCGACUAUCUCAAGUUCAAGGAUCUGAUCCUGCGCAUGCUGGACUUUGACCCCAAGACCCGGGUCACGCCCUACUAUGCCCUGCAGCACAACUUCUUCAAGCGCACGGCCGACGAGGCGACCAAUACGAGCGGUGCGGGUGCCACUGCGAACGCUGGUGCCGGUGGCUCUGGAUCCAGCGGCGCAGGUGGCGGAUCAAGUGGCGGAGGAGGCGGAGGCGGCGGUGGCGUCGGUGGCCUCGGAACGGGCGGCAGCAGUAGCGGAGCGGUCUCCUCAUCCAGUGCAGCGGCUCCGACGGCGGCGACAGCAGCGGCCACGGCCACGGGCUCAUCCGGUUCGGGAUCGAGCGUCGGCGCAGGCUCAUCUGCGGCGCAGCAGCAGCAGCAGGCGAUGCCAUUGCCCCUGCCCCUGCCCCUGGCGUUGCCCCUGCCGCUGCCACCACUCGCGGGUCCUGGCGGUGCGUCGGAUGCCCAGUGUCAUGGUCUGCUAAUGCAUUCGGCGGCGGCCAACGCGAUGAACAACUUCUCCGCUUUGAGCCUGCAGCCCACCGCCCAUGCGCCGCCCUCGCUGGCCAACAGCCAUCACAGCAGCAACAGUUUGGGCAGCCUCAACCACAUCAGUCCCGGCAACAGCAACAUUGGCAGCAGCAACAUUGGCAGCAGCAACAGCAGCAGCAACAGCAACCAGCGACACAAUCGCCUGUACGGCGGCAACAUGGUGGUGGGACACCACAACAGCAACAUCAGCAACAUCAGCAGCAGCAACCACAACAGCAUCAGCUAUCCGCACGCCAUGGACUGUGAUCCGCCGCAGAUGCCGCCACCGCCGCCGAACAAUGGCCACGGUAGGAUGCGAGUGCCGGCGAUCCUGCAGCUGCAACCGCCGAACAGCUAUGCGCCCAGCUCGAUGCCCUACUACGGCAACAUGUCCACUUCCUCGGUGGCCGCGGCGGCGGCGGCAGCAGCGGCUGCCGCCUCGCACCUCAUGAUGACCGACUCGAGUGUGAUCAGCGCCUCGGCGGCGGGCGGCGGUGGUCAGGGGGCGGGCGGAGGCGGCGGCGGUGGCAUUGGCGGCAAUCCCGGACCGAAUCCGGUACCGCCCUCGGCUGCCGCCUAUCUCUAUCCAUCUCAGCCCGCCGGAACACUCUAUGGAACGGCGCCCGCCUCGCUGAGUGAGUUGCCGCUGCCAUUGCCGCCACUGCCGCUGCCGCUGCCACUGCCCAUGUCCAUGCCCCUGCCCAUGCCACUGCCAAUGCCGCUGCCGUUGCCGCCCUCAUCCUCGUCAUCCUCCUCCACGGCAUCGGGGGAGGAGGGAUUAGGCGGGCUAGGGGGGCCAGCGGGAGUGGGCGUCGUUGGCCAGAGGCGGCACAUCGGCAGCGGACCCGCCUCGCAGCAGGGGGGCAUCUCACAAAGUGCGGGGGUGGGCGGCGGCGGCGGCGGCGGCGGCAGCAACUCGGCCACCGGAGCCAGCAGCAGUGAUGCCUCCUCGUCGUCGCCCAUGGUGGGCGUUUGUGUUCAACAGAAUCCUGUAGUUAUACAUUAGCAUAAACUGGAAGAAGAGAGGAGGAAAACGAACGUUAUUUGCCCGCUUAAUAUACUUUUUUUUUUUCAACCCCCCUUUGCCGCUCUCUGCUGCUAUUCAUCGCACCGCCACCAACGCCCAGCCAAGAAAUCACUGAAUCACCAGCGCAGCAGACAUUUAGGUGGUCCAAAGUCGUGGGUCUUAUGUCACGCGAAGCUCCCAAGCAACGUAUAAUCUUUCCUCACACAAAAUGUAUUAUUUCCUGCUCUUGAAUUCGGUAUGAAAUUAUAAGAUGCUUUUUUAAAUGUUCAAAAGAUUUCUAACUUGAGCAAACUUUUCUAAAAUCUAUCAAUGUUUAUGGGGCUUAUAACUCCGAAGCAAAUUGGGGUAUUCUCAAAGAAUGUUUUAUGAAGUGAUUUUGAUUUUUUGUUAAAUUUUAUAAAGUUUUUCUAAACAUAAGCCUCAAAAUUUACUCCCAAGAUUAUAUUUUUAUAAAAGUUUAAACAUGUAUACGAUUUGUUCGAAGAUUAAUUCCUAAUAUCAUUGAAAUGUGGCUAAUUUUUAAAAGCAAAAGAAAUUUUAUACAUUUAAAUGUGCUUUUUCUUAAAUCUAUUAAUAUGUAUAUCCAAAAUUGAGUUCUUCUUAAAAUCUUAUUCUUAAAACGAUUUAAAAAUCAAAAAGUUGAUGACUAAUUUUCAGUGAGAAUUCCAAGACAAAGGCUGGAUAAAGUAUACAUUUAUAGAUCCCAUUUUGUUGUGCAGAAGCCUACGAUUAGGGCCAAUUCUUGUGAGAUACGACACCCGAUUUAAGCCACCACGCCACAGACACACAAACACAAACUAUAUAUACAUUAACAUUAACUAGCUGAAAUUGACCCUCCAUGUACCCGUACCCUCACAAAAAACUCAUUCACCUGCGGUUUUUACUAAUUAGUCACUUCGCGCUCUCACCGCCGCGCCCACAUCACCGACCACGCCCCCUCAUUCGGCCCGGAUGAAGGCAGGGAUCAGGAUCCUGUGUGUGGGCGCCCGACUUGAUGGAUUUUGCAAAGCGUUUAUUUUUUUUACAUGCUAGAACCUAUUAUUUUUUUUUUUUUUGGUCUAAUUAUAAUGUUUAAUUUUAUGCUGUAACCGUAACGACAUAACUUUACUUUAUAUAAACGAAUCAAAAUUAUACUUUAUUUAAUUGUUAAUUUAAAUUAUGUAAAAUUACAUCGACGAGAAAUCGCUAGUAAUAUAGAAAGCAAAAAACAAAUGCUUAAUUUAAGCAAAA